UUUUUAUUUUUUAUUAAUAUUUAAUUUUUAUUUUUGACGUACCUAGUGACGACAAUCUUUUUAUCAAUAAAUCCAACCACAAUAACAUCUUUUCAUAAUCUAAACAUAAUUUUAAAUUUUUAAUUUCAUUCAACAUUGUUCAAUGUCCAACAAUAUGUCCAUAUGUAAAUAUUAUAAUAAUGUAUCAAAAGUUACGAAAUAAACUACAUCAAAGCUAAAUAUCAUAAUAAUGUAUCAAAAAGGUACUAAAUAAACUACAUCAAGGCUAAGGAUUGUCUUCUGGUAAGUCUGAACCUCCUGGGCCACUAUUCCUCGACUGCUGCCUGCUGGGACCUCAUGAACUGCUGAAACAUCUCAUUAGUUACUCGAAGUGAUUCCUCCAAUCGGAGUUUAUGUUCACGCUCCUCUUGAAGCUGCUGCUGCUCUUCAAAUCGAGCAUCAACGUGCUGUGAAUGGAUAGUCUGUAAUGUAACGCCCACGAGACUCUGUGCAAAGAUACCAGUGCCGAACAUCCUCCGCCCAAGAAAAUGCCAAAGAAAUUUAUCCGUAGAGUGUGAAACAAUUGACCUCGAUAUCAAUAUCAGUGCAAGUUUGCGCAAAUGUUUUUUUUCUCUCUCCUCAAUUAUUGGACUUUUUUGUGGAACGUGAGUUAUCUUCGUUGCUCAUUCCUACUAUAUUCCCUACUAGAAUAACCUCUCUCACACCCACACACUCUCCCUUUGAAUCGGUUUGAGCAAUUGAAACGGUUUGGUUCGGUUUAAAAAUUUAGGGGCGGUUUGGGUUCAGAUUUUUCCACUACGGUUCGUUUUCAACCCAAACUGCCCGAAUGCUCAGCCCCACAAUAAGGCCAUAGUUUGAACUUUCAACUACAAUAACCACUCUCUCUCUCUCUCUCACACACACACACACUCUCUCUCCCUUUGAGAAUUGAGAUGGGGGAGGCUGCAGUGGCAUUCUUGCUGGAGCAAGUGAAGGAGGUGGUGAUAGGUUACGCCGAUCUGAUCUUCGGAGCGGAGAAUGAGUUGGAGCAGCUGAAGAGCGACCUGGCUUUACUCAAAGGUUUCCUCAAGCAGAUGGCGGAGAAGAAGAAGAAGGAAGAUCCGUUGAGGAUACUGGAGAGGCAGACGAGGGAUGCGGUGUACGCGGUCGAGGACACCAUAGACAAAUGCUUCACCAACGCCAUCGCCAAGAAAUCCUUCCACCGCUCUGUGGGUUUGAAAAAUGUGAGCCUCGCCAAGGAGGUGAGAUCUAUUAGAGAAGACAAAGUCAAACCAUUGCUUGACAAGUUUGCUACAUUCGAUUUCAAAUCUGCAGGCGUCCAAGAUUCAUUGACUGUGUCAAAAGGGGAUACACCAAUCAGACAAAACAGAGUAGUAGGAUUUGACAAGGAAGAAGCUACCAUAAGUGCCUAUCUCAAGGAAAAAACAGAUAAGCUCGAUGUUAUCUCGAUCGUGGGCAUACCUGGACAGGGGAAGACAACAUUGGCAUGGAAGAUUUAUCAGAGCGAUCAAAUCGGUUAUCAUUUCCCCAUUCGUAUUUGGGUUAACAUCUCUCAAGUGUUCAACAGCAGGGAUGUGUUCCUCGAAAUCCUGAAAAGAUUCUUCCCCAGCCAAGACACGUCCAGUCUCAAUUUCAACGACUUGGCUCAAACAGUUCGCGCGUGUUUGGAGAAAGAGAAAUUCUUGUUAGUCUUAGACGACGUGUGGAGUGUCGUUGCGUGGGACAAGAUCAAGGAGGUGCUUCCAGUAGACAAUGGGGAGGCUAAAGUCCUCAUCACCACCCGAGAAACAGACGUGGGAGAGAAAUCCAGAGUCUACAAAGCUCCCCACAAUCUAAAGUUCCUAGAUGAUGAUGAAAGUUGGGAGCUCCUCCAAUACGAGGUGUUUGGUUUGGAAGACUGCCCGCCAGAACUGAGCACCGUUGGUUACGUUAUAGCCAAGAAGUGUGAUGGAGUGCCACUGACUAUAGUUGUGAUCGGAGGUAUCCUCUUCGACCAACUCACGAAAUCUCGAUCCACGGCUGCGAGUGAAUGGGAGACGGUGUCUACAAAUGUGAGUGGUGCCCUACAAGAUGACAAAACGCAGCGCAUAACAGAAGCUGUAGAGUUGAGCUACCAAAGGUUGCCAGAUGACUUGAGAGAAUGUUUUGUUUUCUUGGGUGUAUUUCCAGAAGAUUAUGAGAUUCCAGCUAAGAUGUUGUGCGGUCUGUGGAUUUCAGAAGGGUAUGUACUUCCGAGAAACGGGAAAAGCUUGGAGGAAAGCGCUGAAGAUAAUAUGAAUGAUCUCAUUUGCAGGAACUUGUUAAAGGUCGAGAAAACUAAUCACAUGGGCAAAGUUAAAACGUGCCAGGUUCAUGAUAUGAUACGUGCGUUCUGCAUAAAAAUAUCCAAGGACGAGAAUUUAUGUCACGAGAUUAAAAUAUCCAAGACAGGCGCACUUGAACCUCCAGUUUCUGAGGUAAAAGACUCUCAUCGUCUUUGUUUCCGCUCCAAUCUCUCAAAGUUCCUGCAGGAAAGCCCGCGUGGUCCACACGUUCGUUCAUUUUUGUGUUUCUACGAGCGGCCUGUGGAGUUGGAGCCACAAUACAUAACAGUUAUACCAGAUGGCUUCAGAAAGCUUAGGAUUCUGGAGUCCAAGUGCAUCAUAUUCAACCAAUUUCCAGCAAAGAUUACCAAACUAAUUCAUCUUAGGUACCUCACCCUAUAUAUUGAAUCUCUGAAAAUUCUUCCAGAACCAAUCACCCAGCUAUGGAACCUACAAUCUCUUGUAGUCGAGACCAAGUCUCGUUCCAUUACAAUGAAAGCAAAUAUGUGGAGAAUGGUGCGGUUGAGGUAUCUCAAGACAAGAGCAGCCAUUGUCCUCGACAAUAAAUGGAAAGGUGAUGCAGGGCAGAACCUUCAUACGUUGAAUAGAUUGGCACCCGAAUGUUGCACGGAGGCCGUCUCCAAAAGGGCUAAAAACCUCAAGGCCUUGGGGAUUUCUGGUAAAGUGGCCAUUGUUUUUGAAAAUAAGUUCCUAGAAAACCUUCAUCAACUGGAAAAGUUGAAGCUGGUGAAUAGUGUAACUUAUGAACAGACAUCCGAAGAUAAGCUGCACAGCCUUCCCCCACAGAAUCGUUUCCCGCCAUCUCUCAAGAGGCUGACAUUAACUAAUACAUUCCUGGGUUGGCAGCACAUGUCCACGUUGGCAACGAUCAGAAGCCUCGAGGCCCUGAAGUUGAAAGACAACGCAUUCGUUGGACUCCCGUGGAAUCUUGGUCUUGACAGCUUUCCUAAUCUCCAACUCUUGCUGAUUUUAAACACAAAUCUAGUUCUUUGGGAGGCCUCAACUGGCUCCUUUCCUAAGCUCAGGAUUCUUGUGGUUAAGAACUGUGAAAACCUCAAAGAAAUUCCAGAGUGUUUGGGAACACAUCUUGAGAAAUUGGAAAUAGAUCGCGUUCGCUUUUCUGCAGUUCAGUCGGCCAAGAAGAUCGAAGAAGCAAAGAAGGGAAAACCAAAAGGCAAAUUUGAGGUACCAUUCAAUCUCAUCGUAGGUCCUGCGUGUGAUACCAAGUGAUCGAGCUGGUAGCUACACUUAAGAGGCAAGGGAAUAGAGCCAAUGACAGUGCGAGAUCAAGUUCUUCAAUAUGGAUGUAUGGUUGGUGUUGUGCUUUAUUAGAUGAAAAAUGUUUAAGUAUCUCUAACAUUUUCGUCUCUAUGCUUAUGAUGACUGAACAAUCUAGUUUCACCAUUAAUAACGAUCAUUUGGUUGUGCA